UGUUGUGGCUAAUUAUUUACUGUGGAAUGCAGUAACUGAUGAAGAUGGUUUACAUCUUGUGAUGGGGAGUGAUUUCAAAGAAAUCAGACUAAGACUUGAAAAGGCCUUGGAUAUGAUUCAACGACUGAAGCUAGCUUUCGCCGAGAAUGUGAAAGAAUCAGAUUGGAUGGACGAUGCCACAAAGAAGACUGCCCUAAGCAAGUUGGAUGCAAUGCAAAUGAUGGUAGGAUUUGAAGAUUUUAUAUUGGAAGAUGCUGACAGGCUUAACAAAGAAUUCGAAGAGCUGAAAAUCAGCAGAGAGCAAAUGUUUGAGAGCAUUGUCGAAAGCAUGUACCAUAUGGCGAAUCUGGAUUUAAAGAAAAUUGGUCAGUUGGUUACUGACGAAAAUAGCGGUGAAGUGGCAAUACCGUUUAUGUUGUCGGCUAAGAAUAACAAAAGGAUGAAUCAGCUGA